CACCUCCCCUGCACCCUGGGGCUGCCAGGCUGAUCUUUGCCAGGCUGGGCGGUCCAGCAGCAGCUCGAGUGGUGACGGGGAACCAGAUCAGAGUCUAGUUUCACUUUCAUUUUUGCUUUUCCCGGGGUGAGAGAAGAGCCAAGAGGAAAGCUGUCAGCCGCAGUAUCGUUCACUCCCUUAGCCCAGCGCCUGCUCACAGUAGCCACAGCUGGGCGCUGGCCUCUCUGGGCAGCUGUGGGCAGGGAGGGACCCGCUCGACCAGCGCUGGAGCCUGUUGCCCAGCCCCAGGCCUCAGGAUGGACGCCCCGGGCUCCCCCGGGUUGCUGGAUGAGGAGCUGUACUCUCGGCAGCUGUAUGUGCUGGGCUUGCCGGCCAUGCAGAGGCUUCGGGAGGGUAAGGUCCUCUUGUCGGGCCUUCAGGGCCUGGGAGCUGAGGUGGCCAAAAACCUGGUCCUGAUGGGCGUGGGCAGCCUCACUCUGCACGAUCCCCACCCCACCUGCUGGUCCGACCUGGCUGCCCAGUUUUUCCUCUCCGAGCAGGACUUGGCAAGGAGCAGGGCUGAGGCAUCUCAAGAACAUGUGGCAAAGCUCAACGGAGAUGUCCAGGUCCACGUCCACAUAGGUGACAUCACCGAGGACCUGCUGCUGGACUUCCAGGUGGUGGUGCUGACUGCCUCGACCCUAGAGGAGCAGCUGAAGGUGGGCGCCUUAUGCCACAAGCACCGAAUCUGCUUCCUGGUGGCUGACACCCGGGGCCUUGUGGGGCAGUUGUUCUGUGACUUUGGUGAGGACUUCACUGUUCAGGACCUUACAGAGGAAGAACCCCUGACAGCUGCCAUCCAGCACAUCUCCCAGGGCUCCCCUGGCAUUCUCACUCUGAGAAAAGCGGCUGAUGCCCGCUUCUUCUGUGAUGGGGAUUUGGUGACUUUCUCGGGGAUUGAGGGCAUGAUCGAGCUCAACGGCUGUGCUCCCCGGCGCAUCCGUGUGCAGGAUGAUGGGACCUUGGAGAUUGGGAACACAGCAACUUUCUCCCGUUACUUACGUGGUGGAGCUGUCACUGAGGUCAAGAGAUCCAAUACUGUGAGCCAUAAGCCCCUGGAUGCAGCCCUGCUCCAGCCCCGUGUGGUGGCCCAGAGCUCCCAGGAAGUUCACCGUGCCCACUGCCUGCACCAGGCCUUUCGUGCCCUGCACAAGUUCCAGCACCUCAGCGGCCGCCCGCCCCACCCCUGGGAUCCUGCUGAUGCAGAGACGGUGGUUGGCCUGGCCCGGGGCCUGAAACCACUGAAGGGGACAAAGGGAGAGCCAUUGGAAGAGCAGCUGGAUGAAGCUAUCAUGCGGACAGUUGCCCUGAGUAGUGCUGGUGUCUUGAGCCCCAUGGCAUCCAUACUGGGUGCAGUGGCUGCCCAAGAAGUGCUGAAGGCAAUCUGCAGGAAGUUCAUGCCCCUGGACCAGUGGCUGUAUUUUGAUGCCCUCGAUUGCCUCCCGGAAGACAGGGAUCUCCUCCCCAAUCCUAAGGACUGCGCACCGAGAGGCUGCCGCUAUGACGGGCAAAUCGCGGUGUUUGGGACUGUUUUUCAGAAGAAGCUGAGCCACCAGCGCUACCUCCUGGUGGGUGCCGGUGCUAUUGGCUGCGAGCUGCUCAAAGGCUUCGCCCUCGUGGGCCUGGGGGCUGGGGGCAGCGGGGGCCUGACUGUUGUCGACAUGGACCACAUUGAGCGCUCCAACCUCAGCCGUCAAUUCCUCUUCAGGCCCCAGGACAUUGGUAGGCCCAAAGCAGAGGUGGCUGCUGAGGCUGCUCGCCGCCUGAACUCAGACUUGCAGGUGACCCCGCUCACCCACCCUCUGGAUCCCACUAAAGAGCACAUCUACGGGGACGACUUCUUCUCCCGUGUGGAUGGCGUGGCUGCCGCCCUGGACACUUUCCGGGCCCGGUAUUAUGUGGCUGCCCGCUGCACCCACUACCUGAAGCCACUGCUAGAAGCGGGCACGCAGGGCACCCUGGGCAGCGCUUCGGUGUUCAUGCCUGGCGUGACUGAGGGCUACAGAGGCCCCGCCUCUGCUUCUGCUUCUGAGGGCGCCCCCCAGGCCGUCUGCACCGGGCACCACUUCCCCACCACGGCUGAGCACACCUUGCAGUGGGCCCGGGAUGAGUUUGAGGGACUCUUCUGUCUGUCUGCCGAGACCAUCAACUGCCACCAACAGGCACUUACUUCGCUGGCAGACAGGGACAGGCCACACUUGCUGCCCCGGCUGCAGGGGGUGGUGGGCGUCCUGGGACAUCGUCCACGGAACUGGCAAGACUGUGUGGUGUGGGCCCUCGGCCACUGGCACCUGUGCUUCCAUGAUGGCAUCAUGCAGCUGCUUAGGCACUACCCACCUGACAAAGUGCUUAAGGAUGGAACACUUUUCUGGUCAAGUCCCAAACAGUGUCCUCAGCCCUUGGAGUUUGACGCAAGUCAAGACAUGCACCUCCUCUAUGUGCUGGCAGCAGCUAACUUGUACGCCCAGAUGCAUGGGCUGCCUGGCUCAAAGGACCAGCCUGCGCUCAGGGAAAUGCUGGAGUUGCUGCCACUUCCUGUCUUCCAGCACUCGGACCCCACCUUUUCUGGUGACCUGGCUUCUAGUGACACAGAGCUUGACCCCGGGCGGGUGGAGAGACUGCGUGUCGCCCUGCAAGACUGGAGUGAGGGCUCCCCACUGAAGCCCCUGAGGUUUGAGAAGGAUGAUGACAGUAACUUCCACAUAGACUUUGUGACGGCAGCAGCAAGCCUUCGAGCUCAGAACUAUGGGAUCCUACCAGCCAACCGCACCCAGAGCAAGCGAAUCGUGGGCCAGAUUAUCCCAGCCAUUGCCACCACUACAGCGGCUGUGGCGGGCCUGCUGGUCCUGGAGCUGUUUAAGGUGGUGGGCGGGCCCCGGCCCCGCAGCGCCUUUCGCUGCAGCUACCUGCGUCUGGCUGAAAACUUCUUCAGCCGCCAUGUGCCCCCUGCCCCAGCCAUCCAGACGUUCCAUGGCCUGACCUGGACCUGUUGGAGCCGCCUGACGGUGCCUGCUGGGCAGCCCGAGAGGACCCUGAGGUCACUCCUGGACCAUCUCCAGGAACAACAUGGGCUGAGGGUGAAGAUGCUGCUGCAGGGCAAGGCCCUGCUCUACUCGGCAGGAUGGUCACCUGAAAAGCAGGCCCAGUACCUGCCCCUCAGGGUGACAGAACUGGUGCAGCGGGUGAGAGGCAAGCAGGUGCCUGAGCCUGGGCAGCGGGUGCUGGUGCUGGAGCUCAGCUGUGAGGGUGAAGACGAUGACACUGCCUUCCCGCCCCUGCACUACAAGCUGUGACAGGCAGCAGCUCCACCACCUCUACCAAGCUCUGCAUCCGGAGCCC